UGACGGCCGCCUGCCGUUUGCGCGUACCUAUUUUCGAGCAUUGACCCUUUUCUGGUUUUGGCUGCUGCAUUGUUUCUUCAUGUUUGCGUAGAUCAUCGGAAGUCUGUUAUUAUUCAAGGAAAGAAAAGACAAUAUUGUUUUUGUAGACUGCUGCUACAGCUGAAGAAAGGACUACACUAUACUAUUUGCAGAGGUACAAAUGGACAGUACUACGGCUACAUCUCCACAUACAAUAGCCGAACAACUGAUAAAAGAAGUAGAGGUAUUUCCUGAAUUGUAUGACCGCUCCAACCCAUUACACACGAAUGCAGAAAGAAAAGUAGAGAUCUGGGAGUCGAUUGGCAACAAAUUAGCAACAACAGGAGUUGAAGCUUCCAAAAGGUGGAAAGACAUCAGAGAUGCAUUUGUGAAGUCAAGAAGAAGAAACAUAGCAAGACCGCCAAACAAGACAGGGAAGCCCUACAGAUAUGCUGCAUCAUUGGAGUUUCUCUUGCCUUGCUUAUUAAAACAGCAUAAAAAGAAGGUUACCAGUCCGCUGGAAAACGGUGAGGAAGAUGCGGCCGCUACUGGGGAGACACCGCUGCAUAAAAGUUUGAAACGAUUAAGAACAAAAGUCGCUUUGAAAGAGGCAGUCCCAGAGAAAGAGGAAGACACAGCAAAAUGUGAACACGUACCAGAACCUGAUGAAGAUGAUUUGUUUUUCCAAAGCAUGGCCUGCGCAUGCAAAAAACUCCCACAAAAUGUGAAAUCUUUUGUGAGAUUUAAGAUCCAUGAAAUUAUCUUUCAGGCAGAAAAUCAGUUAAUCACUGUACCUGAUAUGACCCACCAAACACUAUCAACCACUGUGCAAGAAAUAAGUAUGUAACUCGUAACAUCUCUCUGUUGGCAGGUUCACAGGAACCACUCCUACCCCCUGCAGUCUAGGACUACUAUGCUGUCUUAAGCCAGAUACACAGUCCCUGAGUUCUUGACAAUGCAAUGCUGUCUGUUGGUUGUUGGUGGCAGUUAGAGGAUCAUCAUUAAAAACAAACUGUUGCACAAACCUAGUUGUGUAGCGUUUUGUAUAAAAUCGUGUCGGCAUGUCUGACUUUAUAUGUUUUAGUACACAGGAAACUGCAUCUAUUGUAAGCUCUAGUUUGUUCAAGCACAAGCUUGAGAAAAUAGCCAUGGACUAUUCCAUUUAUUUGUGGUGCUGUUUAUUUUUUAUUAUUGUGUUAAUAAUUUGACAUUCUUCACCAACUUUCUAAUUUCUCAUCAAGAUAAAUUUACAUAAAGUUAAUUAAUAUUACAAUUUUCACACUUUAUAAAUAUUGAAUUUUUAAAGAAAAAAUUAAUUAGUAAUGAAAAUAAUUAGUAUCCAGAUUAUAUAUAUUACAUUUAAUGUAAAAUAAAAAAGGUAUUGAUCUGCAAAGUGAUGAUAAUGCAAAAUCUUGUAUGUUCAUACCGUUCUUCUUACAGUAUAUGUGGCAAAGACAAUCCAAACCAGUCUUUCUUCGCAAAAAAAUGAUUUUCAGUUAUUAUUACAGUAGAGGGUUGAACAUUAAAAUGAAAUUUACAAAUUAGUAAAAGAAUCAUUUAAAUCUGACAUGUUUCAUAAACACACAGCUGUUUAAAGAACAGCAUUCAAGAAAUCAGCAUUCAAAGUUUAGGAUUUUGGUCAUUUCUCAGGCAGACUAUCACCAAAUUUAAAAAAAAUGUUGUUUUAACGUUGGAAAAUCAGAAAAAUAUCAACAUAGCAUGACGUAUAAAUAUAUAAAGGUUCGAUAAGUAGAAUAAAAAUGCUGACAUUCCAACAUGAUUUGGCUAUUAUCUCCGAAACGAGAUUUGCGCAGAUUUACUGGUUUGCCUCGUCUUGGCCACAUAUAUGGGUACUCUUGUAUAUUUAACUGAAUAAACAUGUCUGGAUUGACUUAUAUACUGUA